AUGUCUGUGAAGAAGUUAAAAAGCAGCGGUCUGCUUAGGCUAGAAAGUAAAAGCGUCGAUAAGACGGACUCGAAUAACAAUCUCGUAAAAAAAAACACGAAUGUAAAAAUUGUGAGGAAGAAAACAGAUGGACAAAUUGAGAGGACCCUGACGGGGAGUGUUCCUCCGCAGAAGGAGGGGGACAAGGUGGUGAAGUGGAAGGUCCUUAAGAAGGCGCAAGAAGGGGGAGCCACCAUUGUGGUGAACGAUGACAGCGGCGCUAACAUAGCAGAAUCAACCAUGAAAAGGCAAGAUGAAAAAAAGGGUUAUGUCGUUCGGAAGACCGCCUCGAAGUUUAGUGUGAAACUGGGGAAGACGAACCAGGAUGCUCAAAGAUACCUCCUUGGGGAAGAUGGCCAGGGGAAUGGAGAGGAAAGUCCGAAGGGGAACCUCGACUAUGACGAUAUUGGCAGUCAUAACGGUAAGGAUUACCAGGAUAAUAAUAGCCCUGCUGGGGAUGACGCCCCCCCAAAUGCUGCGAAGAAAACAAUGAAGAAGAAAAAACCCACGGAGAGGGAGCCAAACCGAAGCAACCCUUGUGCAAAUUAUGCUAUUCCUGGAACUCAGUUUGAGUACCCAGGUAACCCCAACGGAAGGAACGAAAAAAGGGAUGAGGUAGAAGACGAUUCGGAAAAUGAAAUCCUCAAUUCAAUUAUCAGCAAAAAUGAUGAAUCCACCUUAGCAGAACCAUCCAAGGAGGAAGUUAAAAAAAAAAAAAAAAAAAUUAUUGUCCGAAAGAAGGUACCCAUAAGUGAAAAAUUAAAGAAUGCAGAGAAGGGUAACCAGCCCCCUGGGGUGCAAACUACCCCUUCAGGACGGACACCUCGUGGUGGCACAACGAUGACCACCAACAAUAGCAGUGGUGCGAACACUUUCCAACCGAACGAAUGUUGCGAACAAAUGGUAAACGAGUUAAAAAUGAACGAAACGAAACUGGCAGCAAUGCAACAGACGCACAAAGAAAAAAUGAACAGCAUGCUUCAGGAAAAUAAAAAAGAGAAAGACAUGCUAAACACGUACAUAAAAAAUUUAAACGAAGAAAUGCACAACAUAAAUAAUAAACUGUCCGAUGAAAUGAAGGAAAAAGAUACGCUAAACGAAAAUUGUCAAAAUUUACAAAGUGACAAAUUAGAGUUGGAAGAAAAAGUUGACAUGUUAAGAAAGCAGAUAGAAGAAUCGAACGAAAUGUCUACCCUCCUGAAGGAAAAGGUUGCCACUCUGGAGGAGGAAAACAAAAUGCUAAUGGAUAGGGACCAACAAAAUGAAGUAUCGGUUGCGCAACUGCAAAGUGAGAAAAUAAAAAUGGAAAAGAAAAUGGACGAACAGAAUGUUUUAAUCAAAAAAAAGGAUGAACUCAUAAACAAGUACAUGAGUGAAAUAGAGAAUUAUAAAAACGUGUUGAAAAACAAGGGAGAAAUGAUGAUCCUUGGUAGCUCCACCACCAUCGAUAAAAAUAUGUCAGACAAAAACAGCCAAAAGGAACAGGUAGCCAAAUUGGUGAGGGAAAAAAAGGAACUCAUUUAUGCCUUCAAAAAACAGCUAGAUUUAAUAGUAAUCCUCAAAAAGCAAAUAAGCCUUCUCGAAAACAACAAAAUUGUUACUAUGACUUCUGGUGAGCUUAAGAAGGUGCUUCACGAUUGA